UUUGUCGUGGUGCCGCUGGAUGAUCCGCGAGGCAUCGCUUAUCAGAGGCACCGCAUUGCUGCUGAUCUUCACGCUUGCUAGAUUAGCUCGUAAUUGUUCCGAAGUAUGAUGGAUAAUCGGCAACCAUGAAGAACGAUGGUAAUGGUCAGAGCUUGAAUUUAGGGGCCAGGUUUUGUAACUCGCGAGAUUCGUCGAAUUAUCUGUGUAUGAAUUGAGUUCUGGGCGUGGAAUUUGUUUGGUGGUGGAUGGUGAGUGUGACGAAAUUUAGUCGUUUGAUAGCUUGGACUCCCUCGCUGCAUUUGAACCACCGUGCGUUUUGCAUCGCCUCUUAGCUCGAUGGAAUAGCGCAUAAUUGCGACGGUUGGAGUGGAGGGGCAAUGGCUGAGGCGGAGGCCAUUGCAGCUGAGGAAGUAGAAGGUGAUGAGGGAUUGGAGUCGAUGUCGAGUGAAGCACAGGCAAAGCCCCAAGUGGCUCCAUUGAAGAAGGCGCGCCCUGUUGGCGCGGCUAAGAAGCGCAAGUCUGUGCCCCGCACCAAGUUAGGCAAGAAGAAGGACGUGGAGACCAAGACGGUCCCGCCCAAGAAGAUGAAGGAGACGGCUUCGAUGGACUUGUCGGAUCCGUCGCAGCUGACUAUGAAGGAGAUCAUUCGAAGGGCGGAAGCUAUUGAGAGGGCGAAAGCGAAGGAGGAAGCUGCCAGGAAAGCUGAAGAGAAAGAAAAGAAGGGUUCGGGAUCAAGAUCUGCAGCGAGGGACAUGACCACCCCAGCAGCCCAGAAUACGUCUGCUCCCUCUAAUUCCUCCGCUCCCUCCGUCUUAACUCCUCAAGUGCAGAUUGUGAAUGGGCGCAUUGUUAUUAAUCAACAGAGCUUGAUGGUGGCCGCUCAAGCCAGUACUCGUGAGGAUAUAGAUACUUAUCGCAGGGUGGAAGAGGAUAGGCCUAAACUUAACUCCAAUUCGUACUCUAAUCGAACACACGUAGAAAGGUGGAAGCAAGAAGACACGGAUUUAUUUUACAAGGCACUGCAGCAAUUUGGAACAGAUUUUGAGCUGAUACAGAAUUUGUUCCCAGGAAGGACAAGAAAACAAGUGAAAUCAAAAUUCAAGAAUGAAGAGAGACUGAAUCCUGUACGCCUUGCUGAUGCUCUUGGGCACAAAAUACAAGAUCAGUCUCACCACUACAGAGCCAUUCUCGAAAUGAUUAAAUCAGAAAAGCCAGUCGGAGAUCCAGAUGAAGGGUUGUUGGAGAGUCUUCUGCGACCUGUUGUGACGAAUGAAACAUCCAGCGGCCAGCCGGUUGCAACACAAGUGGUCGCUUCUGAAGAGAAAAUGGAUAAAGAGGGCAGUGUGGAAGUUCCUGCUAACACAGUAGCUUUGGAGAAGGCGAAACCGGAUGAUCCAAUCGUGCCUGUGUCGGAUCCCAUUCUUUUUAACUCAGCAGUUUUACCCCAGUCUGAUGUUGGAACUAUCACCUCCAAGAACGAUUCACCCACGUCAGAAGAUCCUGCAACUUCGGUUCCAUCAGAUCAAAGCAAGAAUAAUGCCUCUCGAAAUCGUUUGGGUAGCUAUGGGAAUCCCUUGAGCAGUUAUGUGAAGGAACCCAUAUCUGGGAAUUCGUUGGGUAACUAUGAGAAUUUGUCUAAGAACCCUUUGGGUAGCUACGGGAAGAAUCCCUUGGGUAUGUACAAUUAGUAAUAGAUUACAUUGGAACCUAUUUAUUCACCCGCCGGCCUCUACUCACUUGAGAAUAAUUUUAGAGAAUUUUGUGCGGCAUUUACUCUGGUCCACCAAACGUUCGGGACUGCAAGGGUGCGAGUUCCCAAACAGAGCGAUCUUGAGUUACAACGGCUACUGAAAUACGAUUCGGACAGAAUGUGUCCAAAUUGCAGGCCAGAUAUUGCUAGACUUUUCGAAGUGAAUCACUAGCAGCCCAACAUGUUGCCUGGUAGAACAAGCUGGAAUUCGUUGUCGAUUGAUAGGUUGAACAUUUUUGCAAGUUUAUCAUUGUUUCAAUACCAAUUUUACCGUGUUGAGGUCUUUCAUUGUA